AUGGACGCUCCCUCUCUACAGCUUCACGAGACGCUCAUUGGCUCCGUGCAACGAGCAUUGCUAUCGCACCGACCAAUACUGACCCACCUCAAUGCGGAUACAUCAUGGCUACUGCAGUUGCCCUAUCCUUCAGAUGCGGAACGGCCUCCAGGACGAUCACGAUGGAAUAUCGUUUUUGAUCCAUGGCUAACUGGUGGCCAGUCUGAUGUCGCAUACUGGUUCAGUCAGCAAUGGCAUGCAGUCGCAUCAAGUGUACAGACUAUGGCUGAGCUUAAUGACUUGUUAAGGGAGAUCGAGAGGAUGGCGCAACUCGGUGCAUUAAUUUCAGGGGAAAGAACUCAGGACUGUUUUGACCAAGAUUCGAAACGGUCGUACAUUGAUGCAGUCGUCAUAUCUCAUGAAUUCACAGACCACUGUAAUAAAAAUACGCUUCUUGAACUCGAGUCUGAUACGGCCGUAUUUGCAACGAAGCCCGCGGCCGAUUUGAUACGAUCCUGGGAUCAUUUCAGACUGGUCCAAGAAACACCACCUUUUUCCGCAACAGAUUCCGACUGGAGAAAUACUUCAAUCAACCCAUUGCCCAAGUGGCUAGGGAUCUCGAGAAUGGUCACUCAGAGUGAUGCGUUGUACUACCACUCAGCCAUAUUAGUGACAUUCGAUUUGCAAUCGAUAGACGUCAUGGGACCUUCGGAAGUUUCCACGGCAGCGGAGGCAAUUAUAUAUACACCUCAUGGUAUCCAUGCAAAAGACCUCAGUCAUUUACCUUCGGCCACUCCUGCUAUAAAGACUCUCGCGCUGCUCCACGGCCUACACGAUAUCAAGAUCAGCGUCAAGCAGCUCAAUCUUGGCGCUCACAAUGGGCUUCAGGCCCAGAGAAUGUGUCAAGCUAAGUAUUGGGUGUCGACGCACGACGAAAUCAAGAAAGGAUCUGGCUUGAUUACACCUUUCUUGUAUCGAACGGUACUGACUUUGCAAGAAGCAAUAGAGGAGGAGAGGAGAGCGAAAGGGAGGAUUUCAGACGAAAGCGAGCUAUCAGAUGUGAGAGAAGUUGCGUUCGUGGAACUAUCAAACGGCGAGAGCUUGCUACUCGUCUAA